GUUGGUUUGAGUGUCUCAGCAUUUUACACAGUUUCGGAGAAUACCACAGAUUUAAAUGGAAAAGUUUAUUUAUUACUUUGUAUUGCUAAAUAAUGUUUUUUUGACUAAGGGAACGCUUAAUAUAGGCUUUUACAUAAAAGAUAACAUAAAGAAUGAAAUUAAACCGAUGUUGUUAAAUAGUAUUAUGAUGAAAGCUGCUUACAACAAAAAAGAAACUGUGAACUUUGUCGUGGAAAGUAUGACUGUAGAGGAUUCAUUUCAAAGCAAUCAAGUUCCUCACUCCAAAUUUGUAGCAAUAAUAGCAUCUGAAUCAGAAGCAGCUUCUCCUAUGAUCCAGUCUAUUACCUGUAAACUAAAUAUUCCUUACAUUCAGACAAACUGGCGUCAAUACAAUUCUUAUUUAGGACGGGAAACGUCACUAAACUUACAUCCUGAUUUUAAUUUACUUUCGCUAGGCUUAGCAAAAAUUGUGGAAAGUUUGCAGUGGCCAAGCUUUAUAGUGCUAUAUGAAAAUUUUCAAGGAUUUCUAAGAUUGCAAGAAGUAUUUAAGCUUCAAAAAUAUAGUGAUAUCCAAGCGAGGAAUACUAUAAUUAUCAAAAAGUUGAAUUUUCAAGAGGACGUCAGGUCGGUAUUAAAAGAAAUUAAACACUCUGGAGAAAAACAAAUCAUAGUAGACUGUGAAACUGAAAAUACGCUGCAAGUUCUGGAACAAGCAAAAGAAGUGGGUUUGAUGACAUUUGCACACACUUACUUUCUUUCUUCAUUGGACGCUCAUACGUUGAAUCUUGAAAAACUCAAUACUGAGGCCAACAUUACAACUGUCAGGGUAAUCGAUCCCAACGGAGACUAUGUGAAGGAAGUUUUAAACAAUAUGCUUACGUCCAAUUCAUACAUGUUAAAGACUGAGACAGUAUUAAUACAUGAAUCAAUCAAUUUAUUGAUGCAAGCUGUCAACUACAUGUAUCACGAUAGGAACAUAACAUCUAAAAAUAUUUCGUGUAAGGGCCAGGAAAAAUUUAAAUAUGGAUCUGACAUAAUAUCUUACAUAAAAAACCACUACACCAAAUCUUCUUCUCGCCUGCCAUUUGAUCAAAACGGAAGGAGGGUAGAUUUUACUCUUUACUUAGUUGAAGGAAAUAGGGAAAAAGUUAUAGCCACAUGGGAUUCAAUCAGACCAGAUAUUGUGAAUUUUUUUCGUACAGCCGAGGAGAGCUACAAAAAGCGUGUUGAAACAUUGCAAACUAGGGUUCAAAAUAUUUCUUCGAGGCUAGAGUCACCUUAUUUAAUGUUGAAAAAGGAUCAUGAAAAUCAAAUGGGAAAUGACAAAUUUGAAGGCUAUGUGCUAGAUUUAAUGACCAAAAUUGCUGAAAAACUUAACUUCAAAUUUAACAUUAAAGUAGUUCAGGGUGGAUCUAAUGGUUUAUAUAAUGAACUCGCGCAAACAUGGGAUGGAAUUAUUGGAGACAUAAUAAAUGAGAAUGCUCAGUUUGGUAUCAGUGACUUGACGAUCACACCAUCUCGAGAAAGCGUUGUGGAUUUUAGUAUGCCUUUCAUGAGACUAGGUAUUGGAAUUUUACUGCAAAAACCCAAAACAACCGUUAGUAUGUUUGCUUUUCUCAAUCCACUCUCUGCAGAGGUUUGGAUGUAUACAGUAACAUUAUACCUUACCGUUUCGGUAAUUUUAUAUUUUGUGGCAAGAAUGGCACCUGGUGACUGGGAGAAUCCUCAUCCCUGCAAUUUAAACCCGGAUGAACUUGAAAAUCUCUGGAGUAUUAGCAACUGUUUAUGGUUAACGAUGGGUUCCAUAAUGAAUCAAGGCAGCGAUAUCUUGCCCAAGGGUAUAUCAUCUCGACUUGUAACGUCGAUGUGGUGGUUUUUUGCUCUUAUCAUGACUAACUCCUACAUAGCUAGUCUCGCGGCAUUUUUAACGGCAAAAGGUUCUGUCAUUGACGAUCUUGAAGAUCUAGCGAAACAGAAUAAAAUCAAAUACGGUACAUUGGAUGGUGGAUCCACCCAAGAAUUCUUCAAACAAUCAAAUUAUAGUACUUACAGAAGAAUGUAUGCUAACAUGAUUUUGAAUUUGCCAAGUGUCUUUGCAAAAACUACACACGAGGGUGUUCAGAGAGUACAGAAUACACCAGAUGGAUCUUAUGCAUUUUUAAUGGAGUCGACAACAAUUGAUUAUUUAGUUGAGCGAAAUUGUGAAUUGACAACUGUCGAUAAGUGGUUCAAUAAUAUAGAAUAUGGUAUAGCCAUGCCAUUAGAUUGUCCUUAUCGUACUAUAAUUAAUGACGCCAUCUUAGCACUUCAAGAAAAUGGUGAGCUAAAUGACCUUAAAAAUAAAUGGUGGCGAGAAGAAAGUUCUGUGUGUGUGAUACCACAUGAGGGUUCAGAACUCAGAUUGGAAAAUGUUGGUGGUAUUUUUGUAGUGUUAGGCCUGGGAGUAGCAGUGGCAUUGUUUUUAGGAUUAAUGGAAUUUUUGUGGACAGUACGACAAACCUCUAUUGAAGAACAUAUAACAUAUUGGCAAGCUUUUAAAAUGGAAAUCCUGUUUGCUUUAAAAGUGUGGAUAAGUAAGAAGAAAAUCAAACAACUGGAAAAUUCUAAUCAUUCCGUUAAGUCAAAUGUGGAAUGUUGGUCACAGUGGGGUCUAGAGCAGAGUGAAGAAAGACAAAGUGGUUAAGUCAAAGAAGAUUAACAAAAUUUGAACAAGAAGCGACACUCGUGUCGGUACUUUUGAUCUUUCGCUGGGCAAUUUUAGUGACCUUCAGCCAUUUUGUUGGAAUGCUUUGACGCGGGAAUUUUAAUAGUUAGUUUUCAUCAAAGAAUGAAUGUUGACAUAAACAAUUUAUUUGUCAUUUAUGUGUGGAAAAUUGGCCCCACGUAAUUUUGUCGCAUUUCCCAUUUUCCCAUUUCUCAUUUAGCAUUUAUCAUUUCGAAUUUUUAGUUUCUCAUUCUGAGUUUCUCAUUUCCCAUUUCUCAAUUUUGAUGUUUCAUUUCUGUUUCGCUUCAUACAAACGCGACCGAUAUCGGGUUUCAGUGUUGGACAGUAUCUAGAUACUUGUAUCUAAAUAAAGUAUCUAGAUACAUUUUUGGGUAGCUAGUAUCUGUAUCUAGACAAAAUCGAAUUUAAACACAAAAUAUCUGUAUCUAGAUACAAAAUUAAUGGCGCAGAUACAGAUACAUUUUUUUACUUCAGUUUUUUUUUCAG